AUGGCCGACGCAACAACACCGAGCGGCUCCGUGGCCGAGCAGUACAGCCUGCUGCCCCGGCUCAUGCCCAACCUCGACCGCCAUCUGCUGUUCCCGCUGCUCAACUUCUCCAGCGACGAGGACGCUGAGCAGACGCCCGAGCAGAAGAAGCUGCUGCUGGCCCUGCUGAGCCCCACCAACAUGACGGAUUUCGUCGGCCAGCUGCACCAGGACGUCCACGGCCUCGACGACCUGCCCGCCGAGUUCGCCCAGAAGCGCGAGCAGGUCCUGAGUAAGCGCGACGAGCUCGAGGCUGCCACUGCCAAGAUCUCCGAGCUGCUCGACGACGAGAACGUCGUCACCAACCUGCGCUCCGACAAGGCCCAGAACCUGCAGUACCUCAAGGACAGCCACGGCAUCACCCUCGACGACGUCAACCGCCUGUACGAGUUUGGCCAGUUCCAGUACAGCUGCGGCGUCUACCCCCACGCCGCCGAGCUGCUGUACCGCUUCCGCGUGCUGACCACCGACAACGACAAAGAGCGCGAGGCCACCUGGGGCAAGCUGGCCUGCGAGAUCCUGUCCGUCAACUGGGACAGCGCCAUCGAGGAAAUCAACAAGAUCAAGGAGCAGAUCGACACGCGCCUCUUCAACAACCCCCUCGCCCAGCUCCAGCACCGCACCUGGCUGCUCCACUGGUCCCUCUUCCCCCUCUUCAACCACGAGCCCGCCCGCGAGCCUCUCACCGAAAUGUUCUUCUCCCCCGCCUACAUCAACACCAUCCAGACAAAUUGCCCCUGGAUCCUGCGCUACCUGGCCGCCGCCGUCAUCACUGCCCGCAACAAGGCCCGCAACUCGAAUCAGUACCAGCGCCAGCUCAAGGACCUCGUCCGCAUCGUGCGCCAGGAGGGCUACGAGUACACCGAUCCCGUCACCGACUUCAUCAAGGCCCUGUACAUUGACUUUGACUUUGAGGAGGCCCAGAAGAAGCUGAGCGAGACCGAGGAGAUUCUGAAAAACGACUUCUUCCUGCUCGGCGCCGCAGACACAUUCGUCGAUGCCGCGAGGCAUCUCAUCUCGGAGAGCUACUGCAAGAUCCACCAGCGGAUCGACAUCAAGGACCUCUCCACCCGCCUCGGCCUCUCGCAAGACGAGGGCGAGAAGUGGAUCGUCAACCUGAUUCGCGACACACGCGUCGACGCCAAGAUCGACUACCAGGCCGGCACAGUCGUAAUGAACCACCCGCCGCAGAGCGUCUACCAGCAGGUCAUCGAGCGCACAAAGGGCGGCUUCUUCCGCACACAGGUCCUGAGCGCCGCUGUCGCAAAGUGA